AUUUUAUUUUGUUGUAAGAUUUUUAUAAAAUAUCAGUUAUUUUCACAUCACACUUCUACAAUUAAUAAAAUUUACUCUACUUAAUUAUAAGACGAACUAAGCCCUGAAAAUUUGAAACAAAGAAUACUAAAGGUAGAGGUAAGGUAAAGGUAGCGUGUGUUACUGAUAAUUACCGAUAGAAUAUUAAUUAAACCGAAUGUAUAUUCUGCCUCUAGUUUAAUUGUAACUACCCUCACACGCAAGAGUAAACCAGUAAUUAAAUUGCACGCCUCAAUCAACCCGUCCGUCAACGUCAAUAGACUUCUCCGGCGGAAAAUAAUUGAGGUGCAAGAACACGAUGUAUCAUUAAAUGGUAAUUGAACGAAAAUAGUGGAUGCGUGAGACUUACACUCUCAGAACAAUGUCGAUUUACGACGAACCAAACUACAAACUGGCUAAAAGUCUUUCUAUCGUGACAGGCCGCUGGCCGUAUCAGACUUACGGCCAGAGUUUCAUUCUAGUCGCUAUAAUAUGGAUUGCUUUUACCUUGCAAGCGGUCCCGCAAAAUGCCUUUCAGACCCUAGCUAUUAUCUUGCAUUUUCACGAUCGAGAAGUUCUGCUAGAAGCCAUGGCGCCCUAUAUAAUAGACAUCAUGUUUGUUGCUAAAUAUAUGAACGCAAGUUACAGUGCAAAAUUGAUGAAAAUUUGUUUUGAUAAAAUAAAAACGGAUUGGACUUUGCUCCACAAUGAUGAAGAAAAACGAAUUUUGACUUAUCAUGCUAAUAUUGGAAGGCUUAUAUCAACUGGAUAUUCAGGCUUUGCUGCUGUAACGACGGCCAUUUUCAUCGUGGAGCCGAUCAUCCCGCGGAUCGUUAAUGAAAUAACAAAAUCAAAUGUUACAAUUCCGCUAAGAUUCGCCCUUCCAGUGGAGUACGUAAUCUUCGAAAAAGAAAACUACUUUUGGCUGAUGUUCACCAUCACCAAUUUAUUCGCCAUUAAUAUGAUAAUUGUGAUAAUCAUGUGUGACGUAGUUUUCAUCACCUGCGUGCAACACGUCUGUGGACUAUUCGCAGUUGUAGGAUUUCGAAUAGAAAGCACGCCAUUAGGAAAAGUUGUAAAAGAAGAAGCGAAGGGAAAAAUUUCCUCAGAUGCUUCUUACAAGCACUUGGUUUCAUGCAUCAGAAGCCACAGGAGAGCUCUCGAAUUUGCUGAUCUCCUUGAAGAUACUUUUUCUAAGAGUUUCGGCGUGGUUGUUGCGUUGAACUUGCCGAUGAUGAGCGUCACUGCAAUGCAGAUCAUUACGCAGUCGAAUACUGUGCAGCAAAUUUUGAAAUACCUGUCGUUUGCUUUUGCCCAAAUGCUCCAUCUGUAUUUUGAUUGCUUCAUGUCACAAAAUUUGACGGAUAAAAGUGUCAGGAUUCAAAAAUGCAUAGCUAAUGUGAAAUAUUACGACCUCUCAAUCGAAUCCCAAAAAUUGCUACUUUUGAUGACAAUGAGGAGCCAAAUUCCCUGUAAAGUAACUGCUGCUAAAAUAAUGGAGCUGUCUAUCGAAAAUUUUGGAAAUAUGGUGAAAACUAGCGGGUCUUAUUUCACAAUGCUUAUGUCAAUGGGAUAAUU